AUGAGCCGACGAAAUCGUGAUAGCAGAUCAACAAGCUCUUCACUUUCUAGAUCGAGAUCUACCUCUCGAUCGACAUAUGAUAGUUCUCCACGUGAUCGUGAUUAUAGAACCGAUCGUUCUCGUUCUCGUAGUAGAAGCAGAAGUAGGGACCGUGGAAGAUAUUCCCGUAGAAGGUCACCAAGACGAAGGAGAGAACGCACCAGGAGUCCGUUCUCGCGUCGGCGUUCACCUGCUGAUACUGCUAAACCUUCAAGCAAAGUUAUUUUGACUUCUUUACCCUCGUAUGUCGACAAGGAUGUGCUUAAUAUUCUACUAGCAAGGCAAGGUUACCAUCCAAUUGACAUUCGUGUUGUGCGACGUAACACAGAUGGUGGUUCUGUUCGCGUUUUUGGUUUUAUCGAAUUUUCUGAUGUUUACACUGCUGAGGAUUGGAUUAGUUUUAACAAGGUUUGCUUCGUUCUUCAUGACUUUAAGACAUUUUUUAAAUUUCUUUUAAAGGGAUAUUUAAAGCUUGACGAUGGUUUUCAAUGCACAAUAAAUAACUUUAAUCGAAGGACUAAUUGUUUCAAGUGCGGAACUUCUAGACAGGAGUCGGAUGCUAUGGAGGCUAAAGGUUAUGCUAUGGUUGGAGUUUCUCCUUCAGACACGUUGUUAAUUCGCGAAUUGCCCGUUACUGUUACUGAAGAAAUCAUUCGCUCAUCUCUUGGGAAAUAUACGGAUCUGACUAUUCAACGCGUUCAAAUAUCCUCUUCAAAGCUAUAUGCUUUUGUUCAAAUGAGGUCAAGUGAUGAAGCGGGAACUGUUCUUCAUAUUUUCAACAAAACCGUUCCUUACAUUGAUAAUUGUGCAGUGAUUAUUACGUAUUCGCGCCAGUCCCUCAAUCAAAUACUCAUACUGGAAAAUGUCAAUAUUUUGAAGAGCCAGAGCGGAAUCAGUAGCUCUAGCAUCAACCCCACAAACUCCGCUGCUCAACUUGCCCAAAAUGCAAUAAGAAUCGCCAAUAUGGGACGCUCAACGCCUAAUGCUACACCAGCUGUUUCCACAUAUGAAGUGCCCCCUCGACAGUGUGUAUCAACGCCUUUUGGUUAUCUGCCUGUCUAUGAAACACCGGAUCCGAAAUCCUUCCAAUUUGAACCUUCCUCUGGAUAUUAUUAUGACACUGCGACUGGAUUUUACUUUGACUCGAAAACUCAAUACUAUUUUAACACCAAUACUAAUCAUUGGAUGUUUUGGUCUCAUCGCUAUUCUUGUUACAUUGAUUGCCACGGAGGUGAUGACGAGUUGAAAAGCAAAUUGCAGGAGGAGGAACGUUUGACACGUCAGUCUACUGAAUCUUGCUCAGUUGCUAAUCUUCCUACUAGUUCUUCUAAUGAAUUGGAAACAAACUUGCCAAAAACUCCCCAAGAAAUACAAAAGGAAAUGGAAAAGUGGGCUCGUCGACAGGAUAAAAUAAAAAUGUCUUUUAAACAACCGCAAAUGCCUGUUUCAACCGUUGAGAAGUCAAAUGUUAUGAGCAAACCAAUAAAUAAGAAUGUUGUGGAAUCACCGCUUGAGCCUAUCAAGAAGCCUUGGGACGACGACGAUGAUGAUGGGUCUGAAGUUGUGCCUGCUGGUGCUGCUCUGCCUGGAAAAUAUCUUGGUGUCACGCAUCGACUGUUUCGUGUCAGAAAGGCCAGGGCGCAGAUGAGUGCUGGACUUGCUGUUUCCAGUGAUACUCCAAUCGAACAAAGCAAUGACCAACAGCAGCCUCUCUCUGGCAGAGACCAUGGUGAUAGUAUUGGCGCUGAAUCUGAUGAUCAUUCUAAUGCAUUUGAUGAGUCCAAAUACAUUGAUCAGACCAAAAAGUUUUGCCUUCUUUGUCGCCGCCAGUUUCCAGAUGUUCAAACACUAGAUAAACAUGUUAACAUGAGUAAUUUACAUAAGGUAUGA